UACGAAUGUGGAAAUGGAAAAUUUGCACAAAUAUUUCAAACAUUUUUGUGCUUUACUUUUUCUAGCCUAUUUAACCUCCAGAAAACUAAUUAAUUCAUAUUUCAUUUUUGGGCUAGAAUGUUCAACUAUAAAAAGCCAAGGGAACCAACGUUUGGCAUCGCAGUCUCAUUUGCGUUUUGAGCCAAGCAACAUCAAAGUACAAUUUUCAUUCUCUAAUCCAUCAUGGCCUACAAGUUCACCCUAGUUUGCUGCGCCCUGCUCGGAGCUUCGGCUGCCAGCUAUAUUCCUCAUUCUGACUAUCAACAUGGUCAUGGUCAUGGUCAUGAGGUUGGCUUCAGCAUUCACACCCAUCACGAGGCACCCAAGAAGUGGCACAGCCAGGAACACGAUCAUUGGGCACCAGCCCCACAACAGCAUUACCAUGUGCCUGCUGCUCCAGUGCAUCAUUGGGCACCAGCACCACAGCACCACCAUGUGGCCGAGGAACCCCAUCACCACCCCAAAUACCAGUUCGACUAUGGCGUCAAGGAUACCAAGACGGGCGACAUCAAGAACCAGUGGGAGACUCGUGAUGGCGACAAGGUCAAGGGUGGCUAUACCAUGAAGGAGGCUGAUGGACGCACUCGUGUCGUGGAAUACACUGCCGAUGACCACAAUGGCUUCAACGCAGUCGUCAAGCACAUCGGACAUGCCCACCACGUAGAGCACAAGUCUUACGAUCAUGGCUACCACGGACAUGGACAUGGAUACGGACAUGCCACCAGCUAUGUGGAUGUCAAGCAGGAUACAGGCAGCAAAUGGUGGUAGAGUAAAGGAUUCUGAGUUACGAAAAUGAUAAAUGUUGUAAAUACCCUGUGUAGACAAAUACUCACUAGAUAUUUAAAUAAAA